GAGCUGAUGCAAGUUAGCCAGAAGGAAGGGGAGUCUCUGAGAGAUUACAUGCAGCGGUUCAACAAAGCCACAUUGGACAUUGAUAAUGUCCCGGACACAAUCUGCCUGUCCGCCCUGUUGCAUGGGUUGAAGCGUGGCCGGUUCCUAGACAACCUGCUUGAAAACCCACCGAAGACGUGGAAUGAGGUGAAUGACAGGUCGGCCAGCUUCAUACUGUCAGAGGACUUUCAGUCGUCCAAACGACGAGCUGAUGAUAAGCCGAACAGAAGCCAAGAACAACAACCGAGAAAAGAAGAAAAGAAGAAGCAGAAGGUCGGUGAACAAUGGGGGAAACUAGCUGAGUUCCCAAAAUAUGCCAGUUACAUUCCUUUGACCUUACCCAGGUCUCAAAUCCUGGCACAAAUUCAGCACUGGGUUCAGAGACCUCCACCCCCACUACAUGAUUCCCCGAGGGCAGAUAAGAGCAAACAUUGUGACUACCAUCGUGUAUAUGGUCACAAUACCGAGGAUUGCCAACACUUAAAGGACGAGUUAGAGUUUUUGGCUCGUAACGGGAAGCUAGAAGGGUAUGUUCAGAAGCCUCACACCCAGCAACCCACUCAAACCCAUUUUGUGCAGGCGUAUGACCGACCUCAAGGACAGAGGUACCAGCAUGGAGGGACGCAGGAUGCGUAUCUGGAUAACCAGUAUCCUUCUGAACAGAACAGAGCGUACCGAGGACGUCCUUUCAACAGGAGAGGGCAGGGACCGAGGACUACUGCCCCGAAUCAAAAAGACAGAAAAGGGGUAGGUUAUGCUGGGAUACCACCACCUUCUGGUACAAUAAACAUGAUAUCGGGUGGUGUUCACUCUGGGGGCCAAAGCGCCCGAGCUCGCAAGGCAUAUGCCCGACAGGUGAUGACCGUCAACAAAAACAGACCCUUGAAACGGCCGUUUGAGGAAGCAGAAUGGGAAAAUAUGCCCAUCACAUUUAGCCCGGCGGAUUACAAACGAGCAGAAGGAGAGUCUGACAUUAUGAUGCCCCAUGCAGAUCCCUUUGUGACAACAGUUCAUAUAGGCAAUCAUAAUGUCAAUAAGGUGUUUAUUGACACUGGCAGUUCGCCAGAUAUCCUGUAUUGGGGUUGUUUCUAGAAGAUGCAGCUAAAUCCGAGCUCGCUGCAAAAGCAUGAAGGACCAAUUUACGGAUUUGAUAAUCAGCCCGUCCCUGUGGAGGGAGUUAUUACUCUCCCUAUAUAUGUAGGCUCAGAACCGCGCUUCAGGAUGGCUUCGGUCACCUUCCUGGUCGUUAAGAUGGAAUCAGCUUUCAAUGCUAUAUUAAGAAGAGCCACCCUGUGCAAGCUGAAGGCUGUUAUCUCACAGCCCCAUCUCUGUAUGAAGUUCCCAACUCCGCAGGGGGUGGGAGUGUUGAAGGGGAACCAGAAGAUGGCCAGAGCAUGCUAUCAGGAUACGUUUAAGAAGGUUGAGCUCGCUGCAGCCCCUGGAAGAUCUGAAAGUA